CGGGGGGGAGGAGCCCUGACAAACUCCGGAGCUUUUCGUGUCUCGAAAGCGUGCACAUUUUAAGGAACUACACAAAGGAUCAUUAAACCGAGAAGGCUUGCAGUAACACUCACCCCAUAGCACAGGGACAGGACGAUUUUAAGGUCAAUAUGUUGUAUGACCAGAUCAGCUAAGGACACGAAUUAAUCACAGAUAAAAGUGGUGGGGCUGGCACAUCCACAUAAUUUGUCUCGGUCUAUGAUGCUGUUGAAGUGAACACUUUGUAAUAUCAUGGAGAUAUCGGACUGGUAAACGCUGACAGUCUUCUAGAAAAACAAAAGGGGACACUACUGAACUUCACACCAAUGUUCUGUAAUGAAGACCCCUACAAAACCGAAGUAAACUAAUUUUGGGUACAUUGUUUGGAUCUUCUAGUAUCCAGAUGGAUCAACCUCUCUAACCCAAGCAUCCUUUGGAUUGAACACAGUCUCUCGCUCCGUACAACGGAUACACCAGACAGAAAAUGCUGCCCUGCAUGGUUUUUCUCCUUUGCUCAUUUUUUGCUGCUGCCAGUUUUCAAGACGUCCAACCCUCCAAGGCAUCUUUGAGUGAAUCCUGUGACUCGUUGUGUAUAUGUGAAGAAAAAGAUGGCAUAUUGUAUCUCAACUGUGAGCAGAGAAACAUCACCAAGAUCUCCCAAAUCAAAGUGCCAUCAGCUGUACCUUUCCACCUCAAUCUGUACAAAAAUGACAUAGUGGAGUUGCGUGCGGAGGACUUGGAAGGUUUGAAGAACGCCGUUUCGCUUCAUCUUGGGGCUAAUAGCAUACAAGAGCUUGAGCCUGGGGUCUUCAGUGUUUUGGGCUCGCUGAAGAAGCUGCAUAUAAACAGCAAUUUCCUGGUUAUGUUGAAGGAAGAUACAUUUCAUGGCCUGGUAAAUUUGGAAUUUCUCCAGGCAGACACAAACUUCAUCAGUGUGGUGGAGCCAGGGGCAUUCAGCAAACUCAUCCGCCUCAAAGUUCUGAUCCUCAACGACAAUGCCAUUGAGUUUCUUCCCAGCAACAUUUUUAGAUUUGUACCGCUAACCCACUUGGACCUGCGGGGGAACCAGUUACAGACGCUGCCUUACGUUGGCUUCCUGGAGCACAUUGGACGCAUCAUGGAGCUUCUUCUAGAGGACAACAAGUGGGUGUGUAAUUGUGAAAUCCUUCACCUGAAGAUCUGGAUGGAGAACAUGCGUGCCCAGUCAGCCAUUGGGGAGGUAGUCUGUAGCAGCCCGCACCACCUGAGGGGCACCAUCCUGGCCAAAAUAAAACGAGACAUUCUCUGUCCCUCCCACGCUGACAUCAACUUAGAGGAGCCCUAUAAGUCUUUGGACAUGGUGGUCACUCCGUCGUCCAAAGUGGUGGAGAUUCCAAAGGAGGGUUCCAAGGACGACGUGAAGAUUCCGACGCCUGCUCCUGUUCCAGGAAGUCCUUGUGUGGAGCACUGUUCUUGUCACAAUCACCCCGUGGCUGGGCUUUUAAUGCACUGUCAGGACCGGGGGAUUCAGAAGAUUUCGGACAUUGGAAUACUUGAGCAGAGCCCCACCAAGCUAGUGCUCACAGGGAAUAUGAUUCAGAGGCUGCUGAAGUACGACUUUGUCACAUAUGACGGUUUGGAGUUAUUGAAUUUAGCCAACAAUCAAAUUGAUUAUAUUGACAAUGAAACAUUUCUCAGCUUAAGCAAUUUGAAAAAACUUUACCUUAAUGGCAACCGAAUUGAAAAGCUUUUUGCCACCAUGUUCAUCGGCCUCCACAACCUUGAAUACCUGUAUUUGGAAUAUAACAUUAUCAAAGAAAUUGUCCCGGGAGCCUUUAAUCCCUUGCCACAUCUUAAACUCUUGUCUUUGAACAAUAAUCUGCUGACUAGUCUACCACUGCAGAUAUUUCGCAAUGUGCCCCUUACCAAACUAAAUCUUAGGAGAAACUUGCUCAUGCAUCUGCCAGUUAGCAAUGUGCUGGACCAGCUUCAUUCUUUGGAGCAGAUUUAUUUAGAAGACAAUCCCUGGGACUGCAGCUGUGACUUAGUCAGUCUCAAGCAGUGGGUGGAAAAGCUGAGGAGUGACACAGUCAUGGGUUACAUUUUGUGUCACACACCGGGAAAACUGAUGAAAGCCGACCUCAGGGCUGUUAGACACGAGCUGCUGUGCCCUGGCCUCGUGACGUUCUACUCGCCGCCCAUGGAUGAGGACAAGGGUGUGAUGACCACGCUGUCGCCGGACGGUGCUAGAAACAGCUUCUUUAGCUCCAUCACAGACUCCAUUCCUCUCUCUGUUCUGAUUCUCAGUUUGCUUGUCAUCUUCCUCAUGGUCGUCUUCUGUUCCGCGGGGAUCGUGGUGUUCCUCGUGCACAAACGGCGAAGGAAGGCCGUGAAAAAGACGACGGAGGAGCAGCCACGCGAGAGCAGCAGUCCAAUCCACCUUCACUACAGCAUGUACGGCCAGAAAACCACACAUCACACGCUGGCGCAGAGGACAGGAAGCCCGAUGUACGACGAGCGCCCACAUAGCCCCGUCGUGCAGAUCUGCCGUAACCCCACCUACUGUGCUCAGCACAAAGAAUAUGACACAGAUCUUGACGAACUGGACGAACCAAAGCGUGUUUGUCGUGGAAUCAUGGAGACAGAGAACACUUCCCCACUGACAGGCUUGAAUCUCAAGUACAGAGCUGUGACGUCAGACAGCCCGACUGAGUUCGUAACACUCGGAGAUGCAAGCUCUCUUUAUAAAAACAUCCUGGAGAGGGAACGGGUUAGGGAACUGCAACAGCUUGGGAUUACUGAAUACCUCAGGAAAAACAUGCCCCAGCUACAACCAACAGUAGACAUGCAGGCCCCGGGACACCAUGAGGAACUGAAAUUAAUGGAGACUCUUAUGUUGUCAAGGCCUCGCAAGGUCAUGGUGGAGCAAACAAAAAAUGAGUACUUUGAACUCAAAGCUAACCUACACACGGAGCCAGAUUAUUUGGAGGUUCUGGAGCAUCAAACUGCGUUUAACUGAUGUAAAACACAAUUCGCUGUUUUAUAUUUAACUCGAGAAGUGCCUUGUCCAAAACUGUCUUUGUCAUUUUCAUUGCAAGACUUGCAUAUCGUACGGUGGUCUUGGGAAUUCAAGGCAUUUGUAGCACAGAAUGUAAUAUAUAAUAAUCUAUUUUCUUGUUAUUUUGUUCCUUUAGACAGCACUUUAAGUUGCUGAUGAAACAGAUAUGUUGUCCAUAGAUUAUGUUCUUGUAGGAAGGCAAAUUUACACAUACUGCAGGGGUAAAACCAAUUCACCUUAUAUCUUUGGCAGUCCUCCAUUUUGUCCCACCAACUCUGCCAGGCUAUUUCAAUCGUGUGCCAUCAACAGCAUGCUCAAUGUGCCAUAGACAAUGACAUGACAAUGCCUAUUCCCGAAACACAUAGUCUGAGUUGCAUUGAUGAAGUGCCCAUUAGUGCUGUCGUUCAUUCGAUGUAUCCUUUGCAUUACCUGACUAGCACAUCUUGUAUUGCAACUAGUGGGAACGUGUUCAUACGAAUGGAUUCUCCUUAAACAAAGCACUUAAAGUCCCAGUACAUAUAUAAAUUGCAUCUUGUAUCUAGAUAGAAAAAAAUAAUGUGUUGCACUAAUGAAAUGCCAUUCAAAAGAUGGUGCAUGACAAUCAAUGUACUGCUGAAUGACACUGUUUAUCAUUGUCCCUUUCCUGCUACUGAGGGGACAGAUUUUCUGAUGUUCAUAAGAAACUAUGUGUGUCAUUGUUACAAAUCUCAUCUGACCGGUUCUUCUCAGCAUGAACACUUUUUCAGGACAUGCAUUUUACUGUUAUUCUGAGUGAGUAAAAGCAAUCCUGUUCAGUUUAAAACAUGUUUUAUGUAAGCACACUAUAUAGCUUUAUUUCAUACCAAGAUAGAUUCAAUUAUUUAUUCUGUACAUGUUGUAUAUAUACACAGUAUAUCACAUUCUAUGUUAUUUUGUGCCUUCAGUGUUGUACAGGUGACAAUGGAUUAACUAUAAAUAAAGUGUUAGAUUCAAUACAA